AUGCACCAGCAGUCUCCCCACAACAUGCACCAGCAGUCUCCCCCCACCAGCAGUCUCCCCACAACAUGCACCAGCAGUCUCCCCCCACCAGCAGUCUCCCCACAACAUGCACCAGCAGUCUCCCCCUACCAGCAGUCUCCCCACGACAUGCACCAGCAGUCUCCCCACAACAUGCACCAGCAGUCUCCCCCACCAGCAGUCUCCCCCCACCAGCAGUCUCCCCACGACAUGCACCAGCAGUCUCCCCCCACUAGCAGUCUCCCCACGACAUGCACCAGCAUUCUUCCCACAACAUGCACCAGCAGUCUCCCCCCACCAGCAGUCUCCUCACAACAUGCACCAGCAGUCUCCCCCCACCAGCAGUCUCCUCACAACAUGCACCAGCAGUCUCCCCCUACCAGCAUCUCCCCCCACCAGCAGUCUCCCCAUGACAUGCACCAGCAGUCUCCCCACAACAUGCACCAGCAGUCUCCCCCUACCAGCAGUCUCCAUACGACAUGCACCAGUAGUCUCCCCCUACCAGCAGUCUCCCCCCACCAGCAGUCUCCCCACGACAUACACCAGCAGUCUCCCCACAACAUGCACCAGCAGUCUCCCCCCACCAGCAGUCUCCCCACAGCAUGCACCAGCAGUCUCCCCCCACCAGCAGUCUCCCCACAACAUGCACCAGCAGUCUCCCCCACCAGCAGUCUCCCCACAACAUGCACCAGCAGUCUCCCCCUACCAGCAGUCUCCCACGACAUGCACCAGCAGUCUCCCCACAACAUGCACCAGCAGUCUCCCCACCAGCAGUCUCCCCACAACAUGCACCAGCAGUCUCCCCCUACCAGCAGUCUCCAUACGACAUGCACCAGUAAUCUCCCCCUACCAGCAGUCUCCCCCCACCAGCAGUCUCCCCACGACAUGCACCAGCAGUCUCCCCACAACAUGCACCAGCAGUCUCCCCACAACAUGCACCAGCAGUCUCCCCACGACGACUAG